UCCCACAAAUCCAGACGGACUUCCUGUAUGGCCUGUACUGACUGUCUCCGCCCCACUCUGCAAAGGAUGCUGCUCAAAUUCCAUGUCUGCAUUCCCAUUGCAGCAGGGUCACUACUUGUUGGAGUUCCUUAUAGCAUUUCACUAUUAGCGCAGUGGCUAUAUGGCUGGCCCAAUAAACCUGGCUUUAGAAAGUAUACAGAAGCAUUAAAACCCAGACGUAUAUACUGUUUAACAGUCGCUGUCCUGGAAAUGGUGAAAUACCUGCAGUACGGUAAACUGUAUAUUCAGUGGAAGUCCUGGUAUAGGAAUAGUGCCAAUUCUAAAUAUUGUGUAAAGGACAUACAUUUUGGCCGGCAUGGUAAUAAACUGGAUUUGUAUUACUGCCCCCAUGUGGACGGCCCUGGUUCUGCACUGUCUCCUGCUGUGAUCUUCGUAUAUGGCGGGGCCUGGGGCUCCGGAGAGAGAUCUACAUAUUGCCUCUUGGCAAUGCAAAUGGCAAAGGAGUUAAACAAGCCUGUCAUCUGUCCAGAUUAUUCCAUUUAUCCAAAGGGCAAUGUGAUGGAAAUGGUCCAAGAUAUUGCUGACUGUAUCUUAUGGAGCAGAGAAACUGGGCACACAUUUAACAUUGACAAGCGGAACAUUGUAUUAAUUGGCCACUCGGCCGGUGCUCAUCUGUGCGCACUGACUGCCCUCUUUCUGGCAGCUGAGAGCGAGGAGAUGGGAAUUGAGCUCUCCAAACAGAGGGAUAUUUUAACAUCUGUCAAAGGAGUUGUAGGGCUGAGUGGAGUUUAUCAUAUCAUGAAUCAUUACCAGUAUGAGACAUGGAGAGGAGUGGAAUAUGUUUCCACAAUGCACAAAGCAAUGGGAGGAAUUGAGAACUUUGAGCAUUAUUCCCCAACCCUAUUUGUGAAGACAUUGACAGAAGACAAACUAGCCAAAUUGCCUCCCUUCACUUUAAUCCAUGGAACAAAGGAUACCAUUGUACCUGUGGAGUCGACCCUCCAGUUUUCAGAGGCCCUGACUGCAGCUGCAGUGAAGGCUUCACUGUUCAUCCUGCCACACGUGGGCCAUACAGAAUUAGUGACAGAUCUCAUGGGCAGCAAUAGGAGAUACUACCACACAAUCCUGGGCUGCAUAAAACAAGGCAUUAAUAAGGUUACUGCUCACGGUUAACAAAUGCCUUGCUUUUGGAAGCAUGUAACAGGAACCCAUUUGUAACCCUGUUUUUUUUUUUUCCUAACGCUGUAUAUCUGUAUGGUGAUUUACUAUUUUUAAUGUUUUUUUAAUUUAUAUAUUAACAUGCUUUAGUAAUGAUAGGCUUUAUAACUAAUGUUUAUUUAAAUGUAUUUGAUGGAAUGUAUUGCUGUAACAAACAAUUGUUUUUUUGUAUGCAUUGGAGUGACAUUUCACUCUGAGCAGCGUGCAUUUGUUUCAGCUCCCACUGUAUUAAAUAGCAGGAGUGCCAAGUACUAUGCAGAGCUGUCUGGAAAGAUUGCACUGCAGUUCCUUGUGCUGUGUGUGCUCUGAGCGACUGCACUGGAACUAUUCUUACACUGAGUGUUUAACACAAUCGCAUUGUUAGAGUGUAAGUAUAACAGAUAUGUGGGAGUCCAGCGAGGAGAGACCUGCGAGGAGAGACUGUUGGAGAAAAUCCGAACCUAACAGCACUCUGGAAGAUGCCAACUACUAGACAGGUCUGUACCCUCCCCCCACCACUCCUGCUCCGACUACUACUGUACCUAUCUGUCUCACCUGUCCUGCUAUGACUGUCUCUCACAUCCCUGUUAUUCUGUCCUAUCACUCCCGUCCUCUAUCCUCUCUCCGCCGCUGCUCCCCUAACCCCUCUAACCUCAUCCCUCUGCCUCUCCCCCUCUCCCACUCUCUCCCCUCCCACACUCUCUCUGGUGCCCUCUGCAACUGUUAGUCUUCUGCUAACAAAGCUGAUUUCAUCUCUGCCUUUGCCUCCCACCUCUCUCGAGUUCCUUGCUCUCACUGAAAUCUUGCUCUCUCCUGAUAACACUGUAACUGCUGCUGCCCUGUCCUCUCUCCAGUCCUGUCCUAUACUCCACGUCUCACUGGAUAGGGAGGCGGGACUGGUCUUCUCCUCUCUCCCUCCUUACUCUUUUCUGUCCCCUUUGACCUCUCCUCACUCUCUGUUAACACCUUUGAAUUUCACGCUGUCCAACUAACCUCUCCCUGUCAACUCCUGCUAAUUGUAAUGUACCAUCCCCCUGGACCUCUCACUCACUUUCUCGAUGAACUCGACUAUCUCCUCUCCUCCCUCCCCUCUCUGUCUACCUCAACUGUCCUGUUAGGUGAUUUCAAUAUCCAUCUAUCCAACCCCACCCACUCUGCCGGAUUCCUUCCUCUCCUUCAACUUCUCUCUCUAUUCCCUCCUACCCACAAAGCUGGCCGUCAACUGGACCUCACCUUCUCCAGGGCCUGCUGCCCCUCCACCCUCUCUGUCACCCCUCUGGACCUCUCUGAUCACUACUUCAUCUAUUUUUCUCUGUCUCUCCCCUUUCUCCCUACUUCACCUACCCCCACUGUUACCUCCCGCCGUAACCUCCGCUCUCUCUCCCCCUGUCCUUGUCUCCACCACUCUCUCACCUCCCUCUUAGACUCCUCCCAACUCUGUAGACUCUGCUACCUCCACCCUCUUCUCCUCCCUCACCUCCUCCCUCGACUCCCUCUGUCCCCUCACCUCCCGACCUGCCCGUCCCUACCCUCCCCAACCCAACUCUGGCUCACCUGUGUGCUCCGCUCAGCAAGAACCAAACUGCACUCUGUCGAAAAGAAAUAGAAGAGAAUGAAACUCCCUGCUGCCCUAGACCUUUACCGCUCCCUCCUCUCCUCCUUAUCCACUCUCUCCUCUGCUAAACCCUCCUAUUUCCAAUCUAUUAUCCAAUUCUCCACUAACAACCCCCGGAAACUAUUCUCUACCUUAUCCUCCCUCCUCAACCAUCCCCCCUCCUCCUCCUCCCUCCUCUACCUCCUCUGACGACUUUGCCUCUUUCUUCUCCUCUAAAAUCUCUGAUAUCCUCUAACUCUUUAACACCUCCCCCCACCCCCUCCCGCUCCAACCCCAACACCCUCUGUCUCCCCUACUAGCUCACCCUCCUUCUCUCCACUCUCAGACUCUUACCUCUCCUCCCUCCUCCAGGGCCACAAACCAACCACGUGCACCCUGGACCCCCUUCCCACUCACUCCUGCUCUACUCUCCUUCAUCUCCUCCCUUUUCAACACCUCUCCUCUUUGGCCUCUUUUCCUCUGCCUUCAAACAAGCCUCUAUCACCCCUUCCUCAAAAAACCUACCUUCGACCCCACCUCCCUCCAGAACUACCGUCCUGUCUCCCUCUUACCCUUCCUCUCUAAAACACUCGAGCAGGCAGUACACCGCCAGCUCUCUGCUUUCCUGUCUAACCACUCUCUGCUUUACCCUCUCCAAUCUAGUUUCCGCUCUGCUCACUCCACUGAAACUGCUCUCCUGUCUGUCACUAACUCGCUAAACUCUGCCCGUGCUGCCUCUCUCUCCUCUGUCCUAAUUCUCCUCGAUCUCUCUGCUGCCUUUGACACUGUCGAUCACUCUAUUCUACUAUCCUCUCUCGCUGACCUGGGAAUCUUUGGCCUGGUUCUCCUACCUCUCCGACCGCACAUACCAGGUAAUCUGGAUCAGUCUUGGGUCCUCUCCUGUUCUCUCUCUAUACCUGCUCCCUGGUUUCUCAUACCAUUUCUAUGCUGAUGAUGCUCAGAUCUUUCCUCCGCCCCCCCAGCCCACCAUCCCCUCCCGUAUCUAUUACCUGUCUGUCUGCUAUCUCCUGGAUACACUCGCAUCACCUCAAACUCAACCUCUCUAAAUCUCCAUUCCUCUGGAAUCUAGCAUGCUCUCUCCCUCCUCCUUAGCCAAGAACCUCGGAGUAACCCUGGACCCCUGCCUCUCCUACUCCCAACACAUCUCCACUCUAUCACGUACCUGCCGUUUCUUCCUGAGCAACAUACAAAGAAUCCGACCUGUCAUCACCAGACUGCACCCAGCUACCUCCAGACCCUCAUCUCUCCUUACACCCCCACCCGACCUCUCCGCUCAUCCGCCUGCACUACAAGACUGGCUUUACUUCCUCUAAGCUCCCCUGCCUCCAGAGCCUGCUCCUUCUCCACCCUCGCCCUGCAGUGGUGGAACGACCUUCCCAUGUAUGUCAGGACUGCCCAGUCCCUGACCACCUUCCGGUGCCUCCUCAAUACACACCUCUUCAGACAACACCUGUAAAACUCAACUCUUCCCUUCUGGACAAUAUAGCACUCUGCCUUUAAUGCACUUUAACUUGCACUUAUCUGCUCCCUAUUUUACUGUAUUUAAUCCUGCACUUAAGCCAAUCUGUACUAUUUUGUAUUUCACCUGCACUCAUAUCUAACCCUGAUGUAACCAUCAACACUGUUAUCUGCUCUUGAACUGCCCUGAUAUCAAAUCGUACUGUGUUUUGUAUUUGGUCUUAUUAGGACUGAAGUCAUUGUAUUUUGUAUCUUGCUCUUAAUUGUACUGUAAUUCUUGAUAUGUAUUUUUGUAUACACUGUAAAUCGCCCUGGGUAAGUGCGUCUGCUAAGAAAUAAAUAAAUAAAUAAUAAUAGUAAUAAUAAUAGUUUCAUUUUCAUGUAUAUUAAUCCUCUUUUAUUGUUGAUUUAACAUGUUUAUGUUGUAUCUGACACAUACAGAAUUAUAGAUUAUGAUUCAUUCUACUGAGCUUUUUCUAUCUGUGUUUGUAACUCACUAUAAAUCUCCAUUUUCAGAGAGAAAGCACCAAGUAAAUCUGUUUCAGGGUAAAAAACCCCAAAACUUUCUGUUGUAUUUAAUAUAUUUUUUCUUAAGAAACGCACAUAUUUCAUCACAAGAAUUCCUGCCUUAAUAAGUGAUACUGAUCACUGUCUUUGUAACUUCACAGUAUUUUAUAGAUUACAUGUUUUUAAAUGUAUUAAAAGUUAUUAUCU